UUUUUUUUUCUGCUAAUUUAUAAAUUAUAGAAUUCUCAUUUUGAUGUGAAUUGAUAUUUUGAAGAAAUAAGAUUAUGAAAAUGAAAUUUAAAUGUUGUGCAAUUGUGAAAUAUGGAGCUGAGAUUACUUGAAUUGAAAUUAGAGAUUAUUUGAAUUGAAAUUAGAGAUUAGAAAUUGUAAAAUUGAAAUAGAGGUUGUGAAUUGAAAUUAGUUGAGUUUGGAAUUAGAUGUUGUGAAAUGUAAUUUGAAACAAGGAACUUUGGAAAUAAUAUCUAAUAAUAUAUUUACUUAUACUAGAUUUGGAAGAUGAAAAACAAAAAAUUAGAAUCUUUUUGGAAGAGAAGUGGAGGAAAAUCACAAAAGCCUUUUAGUCGUUUGGAAAAUGAAAUUAUGUAUUUUUGUCGUUUUAAAUUAGUUGUAAUUUGAAUCAUUAAUUGAUAUUAGCAUUGUAUUUUGAUUUGAAUUUUUAGUCGUAAAUCAACUCAAGUAUUAUAUUUUGUUUUAUUUGAUUUUUUCUCAUCCGUACCCCCAUCCCGUCAUUCCUAGACACGCCACUGUCUUCAAACCUCGUUCCAGGUUCUCUUCCUCCCCCCAGAUUAUCCUAAUUGUUUUGACGAUCUUUUGUUGCGAUUUUACAUGUGAUAUUUCAUUUCUUGCGGUUUUUAGAGCUACUUCAUGUGAAUCUACUUCAUGCGAUAUUAUGCGAUUAUUAUUGUUUGUUUCAUGAUUUCAUCUUCCUUUUUCUCAUCUCAUGUCUGUAGGGAUAAUUUACAUGUUAUAAACUUAUGAUUCGAAUUUUUGGUAUAACUUCUUAAUUCAUAUUUGUUUCAUUGAAUCAAAUGAUAAUAAACUUUUAUGUUACUCCUUCCAUUCCAAAAUAUAGUUUGCAUUUCCCUUUUUUCACAGUAAUUUAUGCAAGUAGAAUCUAAGAGAAAUAGUAAAGAUUUUUUGUUUAUUUAAAUAAAUGUUGUAUGGGAAAAUAUAAUUUUAGGAGAAAAAUGGAGUAUAAUUGGUGAAAGAGCAUUAAUUGUAACAUUUUGGUUGAAAAAGUAAAAAAAAAAUUCAAGAAGCAAAUAAAUAAUGGGACACGGUUUUUCUAGAAAAAUUACGGAAGAAUGUGGAACUAAAUACGGAAAUGGGAACUAUAUAUUGGAACACCCAAAAUGGAAAUGAGAACUAUAAUUUGGGACAGAGGGAGUAUAAUUUUGUACUUGCGCAUAUUUUCAUGCUAUUAUUCAUUUAUUCUUGUUUGUUAUGAAAUCAAACUUGAAUAAAUGACCUUUUCUUCCACUUAAUUAAAUUUUAAUGGAUUUAUUAUCCUCCAGGCUCCCAUUCCACGGAAUAAAUACGACGAGAGAACCGAAAAACCCAAGAUUAAUACAAUAGAUAUGGAGGUAAUGCACCACUCUACCGCAUUUCUUCUCCCACCAAUACCUUCGGAGCAGGGAUUCUCGCUAAAGUACGCAUUGGUUAUACUUAACCAGCGCCUCCCUCGUUUUACUCCUCUUCUCUGGGAGCACGCAAAACUGCGAAUUUGUGCAGAUGGUGGAGCAAAUCGUUUAUUUGAUGAACUGCCUCAGUUUUUUCCUCAACAAAAUCCCCUUGAUGUUCGCAAUAGGUAUAAACCAGAUCUAAUUAAAGGUGAUAUGGACUCUAUCAGAUCAGAGGUUUUGGACUUCUAUGCAAAAUUAGGGUGUGAUGCAAUAAAUGAGUCACAUGACCAAGAUACCACAGAUCUUUACAAGUGUAUAUCACAUCUCAGUAACUUGACACCUGAAUCUGAGAAAGCAAAUCUAUGUAUUCUUGUUACUGGAGCACUUGGUGGACGCUUUGAUCAUGAAGCUGGGAAUAUUAAUGUCCUCUAUCGUUUCCCUGGCUUGCGAAUCAUCCUUCUUUCAGAUGAUUGCUUAAUCCAACUUCUCCCUAGAGCUCACCGUCAUGAGAUCCUUAUUCAGUCUUCUGUUGUUGGUCCACAUUGUGGAGUAUUACCAAUUGGAUCACCUGCUUUUCAUACCACGACCUCUGGCCUGGAAUGGAAUCUCACUGAUGCGGAAAUGGUGUUUGGCGGCUUGAUAAGUACAUCCAAUUUAGUGACAGGGGAUAUAGUAUGUGUGCAUUCUGAUACAGAUCUUAUUUGGACAAUAUGCAUCAAAAGUAGCACUUGAAUUUGGAAUGAAAAGAAGAGUAAUGCUUCCUAGCACGGGACACAGAAUAAGACCACUUAGAUCAGAAUAGCAUUCACAGAAAUCCCUACCAUUUGGGAGGGGUUCAAUACAAUACGAAACACCCAUACUCUGUGCUGUUGGAUUCAUCAUUUUCUUCACUGGAAUAGUCGUGGCUAAUUCUGGGAUAGACAUUGCUUUACAUGACACUUAUUACGUGGUUGCACUUUUCGAUUAUGUACUUUCAGUGGGAGCCGGCUUUUGCUUUAUCUGCAGGACUUUACCAAUGGUUGGGAACUUCAUGCUUAUGCAGUCUUAACAGAACAUGAUUAGGCCAUUUUAUCAACUUGCUCCGGUCAGUAUUAUUGUUAACUUUCAAUUGGUCUGUUGGUUCUCAAGCUGAUAUUGGUGAGGAGGUUAGUUUUGGUUUGCGCAAAUUAUUGAAAAUAAAGGUGUCCAGAAAAGCUUCACUUGUUCGCCUUUGUAGUUAAGUCAUUACCGGCAAUGAAGUGGAAAGAUUUUUAAUGGUUUAGAGCAAGUGCAGUAUAAUACUCUAUUAUUUGCAUUAUAUUGUUAGAGAAAUUUCUCUGAAUACAUUCUUUUGUUUUUUGUGAAGAAUCUGAAGAUCAUGAAUUCAUGAUAUUAUUAUAUCUAUUAUAAUACUUGAAUAUUA